AUGAUUAAAGUAGUAGAAGACCAGAAUCAGAAUUACCACCAGUUCCCACAGCAGCACCACCAGCAACAACUUCCUCCUCCACUGUCAUCCAUACCACCUCCUCCACAACAACAAAGACUGUCUCCUAGCAUUUAUCAGCUACAGCAACAGAUUGAUCAAAUCCCAGCUUCGUCUCCAAUGCUGCCUCUCCAACACAACCAACAGUACCUCUUUUCGCAAGCACAGGCCCAAGUUUCAACUCCUAGAGGCUCUCCAAUAUCAUACUCGUCGAUUAAUGGCCCACAUCCUUACCAGGCUCAGCUACAAAAUUCGGCUUACCUAUACUACAAUAACCAGAGACUCGUUUCUCCCCCCUACUAUCCACAGCAAGCCAGCAAUUACCAAUUGAGUGAUGAAUAUUUCUAUCAAAGCCAAUUAUAUCAACAGAGGCUUAUGCAACAACAACAACAACAACAACAACAACAACAGCAGCAAUAUGUGGCUCAGGCAGCUCAGUAUCAGCAACAAUAUUACAUACAACAACCUAAUUACAUCCAGAAGAGGAAAUACAAGCUUUGGACCGAAGAAGAAGACCGGCUCUUAAUAGAUCUGAAGAAAAAUAAACUCUUCAGCUGGAAAGAGAUUGCGUUGAGGUUCACUGAUAGAACCUUGCAUGCAUGCCAGUUCAGAUGGAGGAAGAUAAGUCCCUACAUUACCGAGCAUGGCUCCAUUGAAAUCGAUAGGCAUAUUCUAGAAAAUGGAAGCGAGAAUGAAACAGAAAGUGACAAUGAUAACGACAAUAGCAACGAACUUAAUAACGAUACUACAUAUGCUGAAGGAGACGAAGGAGACGAGCACGAAGAAAAUAACGAUGAACUCCAAGACGAGGAAUCAUCUGAGGUCUAUGACGCAUCGUUCGGUACUUCUUCCAGCUCCAUCGAGGUCGAAUCCGAUAGACGCCAAUACAAGAUAAAAGAUAUUCUCAAUUAG